UGGUGCUUAAUCAAAUGGGUUCUGAGGACAAAUUAAUCAAGUGGAUCUGCCGGUUAACGGCAAUCACGGCUUUCUUCUUGAUUGGCUUUAUUAUUGGUUGGUUUGCUCGACCUAGGACUGUCAAUCAUGGACAUGUAUCAAAAAGCUUCCUGCACGACUUUCUAGAUGAGAUGCAGGCAGAGAAUAUUAAACACCAUCUCAGGAAGUUCACAAGGUUGCCACACCUGGCCGGAACUCAGCAGAAUCUGGAUCUGGCGGAGCAGAUCCGGGCUGAAUGGAUGGAGUUUGGGCUGGACUCGGUGGAGCUGGUGCCGUACGACGUGUUGCUGUCAUACCCAAAUCAAACAAAUCCCAAUUACAUCUCCAUAGUGGACCACCUGGGAAAUGAGAUCUUUAACACCUCUCUGGCUGAGCCGGUCCCUGAAGGUUAUGAAGAUGUUACCGAUAUCGUCCCUCCUUAUAGUGCUUUCUCUGCGAAAGGACAGCCAGAGGAUGAGCUGGUUUAUGUUAAUUACGGACGGACGGAGGAUUUCUUUAAGCUGCAGAGAGAGUUGGGAAUAAACUGUUCAGGAAAAAUCGUCAUCGCAAGAUAUGGCAAAAUCUUCCGUGGGAACAAGGUGAAGAACGCGAUGUUAGCAGGAGCUAAAGGGAUCGUGCUGUUCUCGGACCCUGCGGAUUACUGUGCAGACGGCGUGGAGCCGUAUCCCGACGGCUGGAACCUGCCAGGAGGAGGCGCUCAGAGAGGAAACGUGCUGAAUCUGAACGGGGCGGGAGACCCACUCACACCUGGAUACCCUGCCAAAGAAUACACCCACAGAUCUGGUCUGGAGGAUGCAGUGGGGCUUCCCAAGAUUCCAGUGCAUCCCAUCGGAUAUCAUGAUGCAGUUCACUUGCUGCAGCAUAUGGGAGGGCCUCUUCCGCCAGAUAACUGGAAAGGUGCCCUUAAUGUCUCGUACCGAAUCGGACCGGGAUUCAUAGAUGGUUUUAAUCAGAAUAAAGUGCGUUUGAACGUCCACACAAACAAUCAGGUGACCCGAAUCUACAACGUGAUUGGCUGGAUCAGAGGAGCGGUGGAACCAGACAGGUACGUGAUUCUGGGCGGUCAUCGUGACGCAUGGGUGUUCGGAGGGAUCGAUCCGGUGUCAGGAGCUGCUGUGGUGCACGAGAGCGUGAGAGCAGCUGGAAAACUCAUGAAGAAAGGUUGGAGGCCGAGGAGAUCGCUGAUCUUUGCCAGUUGGGACGCAGAAGAGUUUGGCCUGCUGGGAUCCACAGAAUGGGCAGAGGAUCACGCCAGAGUCCUGCAGCAGCGAGCCGUGGCUUAUAUCAAUGCAGACUCUGCUAUUGAGGGUAUGUACACACUGAGAGUCGACUGCACUCCCUCUCUACACACUCUGGUGUAUGACAUCACCAAGAAGGUUUCGAGUCCAGAGGAGGGAGAGGAGGGCAUGAGUUUGUAUCAGAGCUGGCAUAAACGUGACAACUCCACAGAAAGAGAUGCACCGCGGAUCAGUAAACUGGGCUCUGGCAGUGAUUUUGAAGCGUAUUUCAUUAGAUUAGGCAUUGCAUCUGGAAGGGCGAGGUACACCAAAAACCGAAAAACCGAGCGCUACAGCAGUUACCCCGUGUACCACAGCGUGUAUGAGACUUAUGAGAUCGUGGAGCGCUUCUACGACCCGAGUUUCCGCCGGCUGGAGGCCGUGGCCCGUGUUCGGGGAGGACUGAUCUUCAGUUUGGCCGAUUCUCCGGUCUUACCUCUGGACUGUGUGGAAUACGCCUUGUCUCUCACCAAAUACGCCAACAGCAUCCACCAGCUGGCACUGAAGCACCCUGCUGCCGUGCAGAAGUACAGCGUCUCAUUCGAUUCUCUCUUCUCUGCGGUCGAAAACUUCACGGUUGCGGCAGGAGAUUUUCACCAGCGACUUGAUCAGCUCGACACCUCGAGUGCUCUGGCCGUGCGGAUGGUAAAUGAUCAGCUGAUGUAUUUAGAGAGAGCUUUUAUUGAUCCGCUGGGUUUGCCUGAGAGACCAUUUUACAGGCAUAUUAUUUUUGCACCCAGCAGUCACAAUAAAUACGCGGGUGAGUCUUUCCCAGGGAUUUAUGAUGCUUUGUUUGACAUUGAGAACGCGGUGGACGAGCAGAAGGCAUGGGACGAGGUCAAACGGCAAAUCAGCAUCGCCUCCUUCACUGUCAACACAGCUGCCGAGACGCUAAAACCUGCCGUCAACUAG